AUGGCGUCUGGCAGCCUGCUCGCGUUGCUCCUCGCCGCCGUCGCGAUCGCCGACGAGGGCGCGGGCGGCGCGCGCGGCCACAGCAUCGAGGUCCAAGAAGAAACAACCUUUGGUAUCCUCAUCGACGCCGGCUCGACGGGCUCGCGCAUGCACAUCUACGAGUGGUCGAGCCGCACCUUCAGCGAGAUCCCGCCGCCGCUAAGCCUGCCGCUCACGUCGGAGCGCUGGAGCGAGCGCAUCCGGCCGGGCCUCUCGGCGUUCGGCGCCGAGCCGUCGAAGGCCGCGCGGACGCUCGCGCCGCUCCUCGCCAAGGCCAAGGAGGAGCUCGCGGGCUACGAGGACUACUGGUCCGAGUACCCCAUCUACGUCAAGGCGACGGCGGGCAUGCGCGAGCUGCCGGAGCAGCAGCGCGACGCGAUCAUCGCGGCCGUGCGCGCGUUCCGCUUCGAGAACGACGAGCAGGCGCGCGUCAUCGCGGGCGAGGAGGAGGCGGCCUACGCCUGGGUCGCCGUCAACUUCGUCGACGGCGCGCUGCUCGACGCGACGGCGGGGCCCUUUGGGACCGCGACGCCGUCGCGCGCGCGCGGGUCUUUGGAAAUGGGCGGCUCGUCGUCGCAGAUCUCGUUCUACAAGCCCCAGCAGGACAUCCUCGCGGGCCUCUUCAAGCUCCAGCUCGGCACGCGCGCGCACAUCAACCUCUACGGCCACAGCUUCCUCCACUACGGCCGCGUGAGUUCCCGGCGGCUCCACUGGUCGCACCUCGCCGCGAAGCACGGCUGCUGGGGCGAGUCCGACGGCCGCUACCGCGACCCGAAACCCUGCGUCGUCGCGGACCCCUGCGUGCCCGCGGGCGAGGCCGUGAGCGACUGGGCGCAGACGUCGGUCACGGGCGUCUUCGGCCUCUCGCCCCCUUUGACGCACGGGAACACGAACGGCAACGUCACGGUCACGGGCACGAGGCGCACCCGCGAGUCCUACGCGGCCUGCAGGAAGCAGGUGCGCGACCACCUCUUCGACCCGUCCUUCAACAGAUGGUGCGAGUACUCGCACAACGGCCAGUGCGCGUACAUUGGGGUCUACCAGCCGCGGCUGCCCGAGGGCCCGGACUACGGCAACUUCGUGCUCCUGGGCAACUACGUGAAGCUCUUCUCCAUGCUCAAGCUGCCGCGGACGACGAACCUGCGGGAGUUCGCGGCGCGGGCCGACGCGGUCUGCGGCGGCGAGGACGAGCCCCUGCCCGAGGGCAAGCUCUCGAAGGACGAGUUCUGCUUCGUCGCGGCCUUCGCCUACGAGUCGCUCACGACGGGCCACGGCUUCGACGGCACGCGCAACUACACCUACGUCGACAGCACGCAGUACAACGGCGCGCACGUCAACGUCGGCUGGCCGCUCGGCGCCAUGCUCUACGAGAUCAACGCGCUGCCCUGGACCUACGUCGCGCCGCGCCGGAAGGCGCCCGACGACGACGACGGCGGCGACGACGCGGCGCCGGUGUCGCGGGAGCAGGUCGACGUGCCGCCGGGCAAGCGCAAGGUCUUCUUCCUGCGGGAGCGCAAGGCGUCGCCGGAGCCGCGGCGGACGCCCGCCGGCGCGGUCGCGGUCGCGGCGGCGUUGAUCGCCGUCGCCGCGGUCCUCCUCGCCGUCGAGCGGCGCCACUCCUUCGCGACGGGCGGCCGCGACGCCUGGGCCGACCCGGAGGACGCGCGGCGCCUCGACGACGGCCGCGACGCCAACUGCUGCGACGCGUGGACCAUCGCGCCGCCGGCCGCCGCGCCGUCGCCGUCGGUCCACUCGCCGAGGCACAGCCUCCGCUCGGGGAGUUUACCCUAA